AUGGCUGACUCCCCGGAUGCUCAGAUACUCCAGAAACUGCUCCAGCCGUCACCUGCCGCGGUGGCCUCGCAUUUGGCAAGACAGGCUGCAAAGGCCGAGGUCCAGAGAGUACAGAGAGCACCCGGCACAGACACGGAUCUAUAUGGCUGGGGAUUGACCCAUGAGAGUGCACAAGAGCUAAUGCACGAUCUCUUCGAUGUGGUCGAGGAAUUUCCAGAUAUGGUGGCCCAGCUCUGUCAUGACUUAAAAAGGCUGGGCUACUUCUCAGGGUUCCCUCUGCCCGCAGAGCUCAAGGAUAAGUUCUCCGGCAUGGAAGUCAUCAGCAAACGGGAGAUCAAAGAAACGGCCAUGGCUUUCUUAAGGCGUGGGACUGCAACAGACAGCACCGAUGCAUCUUCGCACGAAAUUAGGCAGGUGGUACAGGAUGAAUCCAGCUCCUCGAGUAAGAGGAGGUCAUCAAGCAAGCAGCGAGGUACAGCUGCCCAAAGCAAUGGCAGCCGCAAUAGUGACACCACGCUCGUGAUGAUGAAUCUGCCGGUUGACUACAGUCAUGAGAAGUCCCGAGGACUAGUGGAUACCCUUGGCUUCCGUGACAAGUACGAUGCCGUAAUCUGGUUUCCAAGAAAGCAGAUAGGCCAACAGAAUCUUUCGCAUGCCGUGGUGAACUUCAAGGCCCCAGAAGACUGCGUGGCUUUCCGAAGACGCAUUAGAAAGGGUGGCAUCAACCCCUCGGGAGAGAAGGAGGUCGCAUUGGCCGAGAGUACACUACAAGGCUUCCGCGACCUCUUCCUGAAGUACUGGUACAUGACACAGCAGAAGACCGCCGUGGUCGGCCCUUACUUUGACAAGCAGGCACUGCAGAGCAUCUCUUCCGAGGAUUUUGAGGCGAAGAAGUAUCGAGAUCUCGAGACUCAGAAGGCCACGACGCUGGUCAUCCGGAACCUGCCAGAUACGAUUACUAACCAGGACUCUGCCCUGAAGUGGCUGCAGGGCAUUGGGGAUUUGAGGGGCUACGACUUCUUCCUCUUCUUCCCGAAGCCCAGGGCGAAAUCUAGCACCAUGGCCUACGCCUUCGUGAACUUCUGCUGGACGAGUCGGAUGGAGGCAUGCCUGCAGAGCCUGCGUGGCUACAGUGUCGAGGGCAGCGACCCCUUGAAUGUGGUUGUGGCAAAGGACACUCAAGGUCUACAAGCCUGCAGGUCCCAUUUUCAGCCUCUCAUCGAGGAGGGCCGGCUGCUGCCGGUCAUCCGGUCCUUUGACGAGGCCGCUGCAGAAGUUCCCGCUCGGGUGGGGUAUCAGUGA